ACCGUGUCGGGCUCCCCCCUGCCCGCCCUGUUUUCCCGUCGAGUGAUGCACUUGGAAUGAGAAUCAGAGGAUGGAAAUAGUCUGGGAGGUGCUUUUUCUUCUUCAAGCCAAUUUCAUCGUCUGCAUAUCAGCUCAACAGAAUUCACCAAAAAUCCAUGAAGGCUGGUGGGCAUACAAGGAGGUGGUCCAGGGAAGCUUUGUUCCAGUUCCUUCUUUCUGGGGAUUGGUGAACUCAGCUUGGAAUCUUUGCUCUGUGGGGAAACGGCAGUCACCAGUCAACAUAGAGACCAGUCACAUGAUCUUCGACCCCUUUCUGACGCCCCUGCGCAUCAACACCGGGGGAAGGAAGGUCAGUGGGACCAUGUACAACACUGGAAGACACGUGUCCCUGCGCCUGGACAAGGAGCACUUGGUCAACAUAUCAGGAGGGCCGAUGACAUACAGCCACCGGCUGGAGGAGAUCCGGCUACACUUUGGGAGUGAGGACAGCCAGGGGUCGGAGCACCUCCUCAACGGACAAGCCUUCUCUGGGGAGGUGCAGCUCAUCCACUAUAACCAUGAGUUAUACACAAAUGUCACAGAAGCUGCAAAGAGCCCAAAUGGAUUGGUGGUAGUUUCUAUAUUUAUAAAAGUUUCUGAUUCAUCAAACCCAUUUCUUAAUCGAAUGCUCAACAGAGAUACUAUCACGAGAAUAACGUAUAAAAAUGAUGCAUAUUUACUACAGGGACUUAACAUAGAGGCACUCUAUCCAGAGACCUCUAGUUUCAUUACUUACGAGGGGUCGAUGACUAUCCCACCGUGCUAUGAGACGGCAAGUUGGAUAAUAAUGAACAAACCAGUCUAUAUAACCAGGAUGCAGAUGCAUUCCUUACGCCUGCUCAGCCAGAAUCAGCCAUCUCAGAUCUUCCUGAGCAUGAGUGACAACUUCAGGCCCGUCCAGCCGCUCAACAACCGCUGCAUCCGCACCAACAUCAACUUCAGUUUACAGGGGAAGGACUGUCCAAACAACCGAGCCCAGAAGCUUCAGUAUAGAGUAAAUGAAUGGCUCCUCAAAUAGAAAACUAGGCCAAGAAGAAUCCCACCUCAGUGAAAUGCUACAACUGUGAAUUGACAUAACCCAGAAUGUCCCCUUCUUUUUUCUCUCUCCCUCCCCCCCUCAAGCCUCAUUCACUCUUUGGAUCGGCCCUUUCUACAUGAAAAGUGUCUGCAAAACCAUGGCAGAGGAACACAUCUCUUACACACACAAACACACACACGCAAGCACUCACACAUCCAUACACACACAUGCAAACAUAUCUACAUACAUGUAAACUCACCCAGCCUCCAAGAUGGGAAGUCACGUUUCAGAACAAAAGGCUCAUUCAGAAGAGGUCUUAGAAGAAAAUAACCAGUUAACCUGAUAACAAUUUUGAUACCAUUCUCCUGAACUAAUAACUCUACCCAAUGAGACCUUUCAGCCUUUGUACAUACAAAAUUCUUCCAAAAGAGAGAGAGGAGCAAACGCAACUCCGACAGCAUCCAGCAGACUUUGUUCUUUGCAUCAAAUCAUCUUGGAUAGUGUCCUAGGAUCUUCUGAGGGUGCUGGUGACACAGGUGAACCAGGACAAAGUUGGCCAAGGACACUUAUUUCUAGAUUAUGAUUCUUCCGUUUACUCAACAAUUUAAAAAGAAAAAAAAAAAAGGACAGACAUUGAAGAGAUACACAUUGUAUAUAUCUAUCACCACAGACUAUAAAGAAAUGGAAUUAUCUCCCCUCUUUGUCACAUAUCUGUAGUAGGAUUUGCCAAGAUCAGAAUUGAUCCAUUUGCUGUUUCUUGUUUUCCAAAGGUCAUACAUUGUGUUUGGUUAUUGUUAACAGCUCAAUAAAUGUGUUUAACGAGUUCAUUUCAUUCUCUGGCUUGGGUCUGUUCUCUUUCCUUCAAGGCUAAGCCCUGGCUCCAUGCAAGUGCAUUCUUUGAUUUCACUUGUUUCUUCAUCUACAUGUUUGGUUCAUUUGCAGCCAGUUUUUACUGAGUUUGUGGCAAUCAGGAAUGCAUUUGCUAAGCAAGUAUAACUUUAAUUCCACUCCAUGGCUCGAUCAUUCAUACAAGGUGAGCUUCAGCCUGAUAGCAGGCGACAGAUUUCUUGCGAUUCAAAACUGCCAUCCCCCCUGUGAUGCUCCCUUGAAGGAAUGCACUUUGCCUUGUAAAUUCCUGGGAAAGGAGUGUCUUUUCUCUCCAGGUGCAGCCGGAUCUCACAAAGUACAAACGAAUGCCUUUCUUUUCUUGUUUAUA